CGUAUAUCUAUUUAAUCUCACCUUUUUGGGUUUCUUUUUGGAGUUUUUGUAGUUAUUUUGCUAAUUUUUAUAAAUUAAAAGUCGUUUUUGUUCGUUUUAUAUCUUCUAUUUGUUUGAAAAACAAUUUAUAUUAUUUGCAAAGUGAGAACAGCUAACUUCACGUGCUAAAUAAAAUUUCCGGUAAAACGAAUUCAGCGUCUAAAAAAAGCUUGCAUUAUGAGUCCCACCGGCCAACAAGUUAGCUCAAACCGUUCAAAGGAUAGGGCCAUUCGCAUUCGAAACCUGCCCCAUGAUGUUCAUGUGGAAGACAUUAAGCACAUGGUCAGACAUAUUGGAGCAGUCGAAAAGUGUGAGUUCAUUAGUGAUGGGUCGGCUUUGGUUGUGUUUGAGACACCAGAUCAUGCAAAACAGGCCUUUACCAGGUUGAAUUCAUAUGUUUACCAUGACCAGAAGCUAAGAGUUGACAUCCUGCCUAGUCAAUCAAAGAUGGACCCCUCCUCUUCCUCAUCAUCUCACUACAGGAAUGGAACUGUCAAUCAUUCCUACAGCGGUGGGUCCAAUAUAGUUGGUGGUAGAAAGCCAAGUUGUCCUCUGAGGAUAUUGGUAGCUGGUGAUUUGGUGGGUGCCAUUAUAGGCAAGAAAGGUUCCACAGUCAAAAGUAUUACAACUCAACAUAAAGCUAGAGUUGAUGUUCAUGGCAAGGAAAAUACUGGUCUGGCUGAAAAGGUGAUUAGUAUCUAUGGUCAACCAGACAACUGCUCGAAUGCCCUUAGAGGCAUGUUAAAGAUUCUUGAGGAAGAAUCACAUAAUGUCAACAGAGGGUCGUUUGUGUUGAAGAUGUUGGCAGAGGACAGGUACUGUGGACGAAUCAUAGGAAAAGAGGGCAAGUUUAUUAAGAAGGUCAAGGAGGACACUGACACCAAGAUCACUCUCUCCAACAUGCAGGACUUGAUGUCCAUCUACCCUGACCGCAUCAUCACCAUCAAGGGAGACAUUGAUGGCAUGGUCAAGGCUCAGUCUGCCAUAUCUGCCAAGCUGAAUGAGUGCCUGGAGAAGGAUAUGGUCAAUAAUAAUAACAUGUUGAUACCAUCAAAUGGUAUGCAUGACAGCAGAAGGAUCAAUGGACAUUCUGGACCAGCCAGCCAUCCAUCCGGUCAUCCAAUUUCCUCGCACCACCCCUCAAACAUGACCGCCUCAACGGUGGGUACAUCAGAGAUGUGCCAGAUAAGCGUGCCAAACUCUAUGGUGGGCAGUAUCAUUGGAGCUGGUGGCUCCAUCAUCAAACAGAUCAUGCUUGAUUCUAAUGCCCACGUUGUGGUUGAACCGAAGCAUGAUACAGAACACAAGGAUGCUGAGAGAGUGGUCACAAUCAGAGGAAGUGCUGAUGCUUGUUGGAAGGCCAGUUAUUUCAUAUUUGAAAAAGUGAAAGGCGAGAGCAUGUCUGGAGGUGAUGAUCGACUCAAAACUGGCAUCAAAGUACCAAAAUCGAUGGUGGGUCGCAUAGUCGGGAAGAAUGGUCGUAGCAUCCGCGAGAUUCAGAGGCUGACCGGAGCCAACAUCAAACUUCCCGACAGGCAGGACGAAGAUGAAGUACUCAUCGAGGUCUUUGGAAAUUUCAUGGCUACUCAGGGUGCCCACAAUCGAAUUCGAGCUCUCAUCAGCCAACCAGAUGGAACCUUCUCUCGACCAAUCAGAAUUUAAGUGUCAUCAUCAAUCAUCAUCAUCUACUGCCUCAUCAUCACUUUCUCUUAAUCACCAGUUCUUUCUCUAUCGUCACAUUCGUCAUUAUUAUCAUCAUUUUUUCUAAUUUUUUUUGUGUAACUUUCACCAUCUUCUUAACAGUCCACAUGCUCAUUUUUCUUCGUUAUCAUCGUUCUAUCAUCAUCGUCAUCCGUUAUCAUCAUCACCAUUACCAGUGUGUCAUCAUCACCUUCAUUAUCAUUAUCUCUAUCUACAUAAUUGUUGUUGUUAACGUCAUUAUCAUUUGUCUUGAUGUACAUGCUCAUCUGGUAACUAUUGUGCUUCUCAAAAUUAUUAUUAUUAUUUCUCACUCGUCUGUAUUAAUAUUAUUAUCAAUCUUCGUUUUGCGUCCAGAGACCCGGUUCCCCUAGGUAGGACGCUGUAUUAAUAUUAUUAUGAUUAUUAUGAAGAUUAUUUGUCUUGUCGUCAUCAUCGACGUUGUAUUGGGUUUCUUUUUUUUUGUGUCAUUGCUGAUAGCUAUACUCAAUACUUAUAUGUAUUUAUUGAUUUGAUUUCUUUAUUUCUUUAUUUAUUUAAUGUUUUUCGUUAAUUUUUUUAA